CGCGCGCGAGAAGGAAAAGAAAGCCCCCACUAUUGGCAAAAGCGUGUCGUAUAGGUUAUAAAGGACCGUGGCGGCUUCUAUCCGGCUGCACUCGCUCGGUGAAACUCACGGAGGAUCGUUCCUCAACGUCACUUGCACUACACACACACGUAUACAUUUCGUACGUUGUACGACCAAGUCUGUCUCUGCCCCACCGCUGUGUGUUUCGCGUUUCGUCGAGCAGAGAUCGGUGCAACAAGAAAGUUCUUCGAGAUUCACAGAGAGCUGAGAAGACCUUUUGUUUUAUUUCGCCGGUUGUUCGAAGAGAGACGGAGAGAAGAGCCAGUGCGCCGUUGCCGCUGACACACACUCACCACCGCCAUGAGGAUUAUUCUGCUGCUGGUCCCAGCAUGUCUGCUGGUCCUCGCGCAGGCGAGACGAGUCCAGCUGCGGGCCCGACCUCAGGAGCCCCAGAUCUACUACGAGGAGGAUGAGGAGGCCCAACCAGCCGAGGUCGACGACUAUGCAUCGCAGAUAGCCUACCAGCCGCGCACGAGGGCGCUCCCGUCGCCCCGCUCUAAGGACAACCUCUCCGGGUCUAAGGUACCUCCGGUCCAGACGAUCCGAAACUACAACAAGGUCAACGACGACGGCUCCUUCACCUUUGGAUACGAGGCCGCCGAUGGCUCGUUCAAGGAAGAGACCCGUGGUACCGACUGCGUCGUCCGUGGCAAGUACGGCUACGUCGACCCCGACGGUAACAAGCGUGAGUUCACCUACGUCUCAGGCAACCCCUGCGACCCGAACGCACCCAAGGACGACGAUGACGACGACCUCGCGAAGAGCAAGCAGGAGCCCGACGAUGUGAGCGGUCCAGCCAACUACCCGUCCGUGAAGCCCGUACCCAGACCUGUGAGACCGAACUACCCCACGACGACUCCCAGGGCGCCAACCACCAUCUUCCAGACCGAGUACCAGCUCGACGACGACGCCAGCCAGGAGCUCGAAGAGGAGGCCAAACCCCAGCAGCUACGGCCCAGCGCCUUCCGUAGACCCCAGUACGUCCAGGUCGCGGCCGAACCCUCGUCCCCUCUGUACCAACCCGCACCCACAACCAGCCCCAGCCAGUACCGCCUAGCCUCUACCGCGUCUGCACCUCGCUACCACUCGGCAACGACUCCCGCGCCUGUGCGACAGUCCAGCUUCUACUACCAGCCCGUGGAGAGCAGCACCCGCGCCGCGGUGACCGCCGCCCGAGCGAGACCCCAGUCCGUGGCCAUCACCCCCCGACCCCACGUGGCCCAGGUGGCCGCGCAGUACGUAUCACCCAGCAGCACCGAGAGGCCCGGAGUCGUGUUCGCGCCCCGCACCAUCACCCCUGUUCACUCCAGCACCACGGCCACACCGCCCAGCCAGCACCUUGACUUCGCCGCGGAGCUCGAGCGCUACGUCAACUCGGUUGGCAGCUCGACGCCCCGACCCCAGGUAGUUCAGUCGCCCAAGUACGUGAAGGCCGCGGCCUCCCCGGCCCCAGCCCAAGCCCGCCCCGAUCCCAUCUACCAGUCCGAGCUGGUUUACGAUCCCGCGACCGGUCAGUACAACACUCAGCUCUAUCAGACUCUGCCGCAAACGCUCGGCGAUUUCAGCCUCAGUCACAAGCUCCAACCGUUCAUAGCCUCGCAGCAGCAGCAGCUGGUGGGCCUGCAGCAGAGCCCGAUCUACCGGCAGGCGGCCUCGGUGCCCCAGCCGGCCCAGCAGCCCUCCCGCCAGCAGCUCCCACAGGCCCAGGAAGCCAUCUACAGGAAGCAGCAGCAGCAGCUGCUCCAGCAGUCGCAGCAGCUCUACGCGCAGCAGCAGCGCAGGCAGCAACAGCCUUCCGGAGGCCACCCCCAGCAGCAGCAACAGCAGCAACAGCAGCCACCCCAGAGGCUCCAUCUGCUGCAGGACCCCCACCACCGGGAGGGCCAGAACUUCUACUACAUCUCGUCGGCUCGGGAGCCCCAGCAGGCUGGACCCAUCUCCCUUGGACAGAUCGACCAGUUCCUGCGCGGUGGCCACAACAACUUCUGAGGAUAAGCUGAUGAGCUAGCAACUGCUUCUCUCGCUACUGCGUUUGAGGUGUUAUAUCGAGUCACUCCAUCCGAAGCCAAUUCAAACCCCGUCCUUCCCCCCACGCUAUUAUUUUGCAACCGCUCGCUCGCCCCUUACUCAUCCCCGUGUGACCAACUAGAAUCCUCUGACCCACGCAAGCGUGUCUCUGUUCUCUCUCCUGCCCUCUGCUGGGCUACUUUCGCAUUUCUUCCCCCGCUGCUGCUGCCGCUGCUUUGCUAAGCUACUGCUGCUGCUGUAGAAGAGAUAAAUGGACGGCGAUGUAUUUAUAGGCCUAUUACUGCAUAGAGGCUGAUAGAUGAAUGGUUAAUCGAUGACUGCGCGAGCUUUCAUAACGAAGAUAAUGAUAUCACAUUGUUGAUGGCAGAAUCGAGGUUGAAACGAAAAACUACGUUGACGAUUCGUUGACCCACAUGAUUUAUUGCGAACCUUCGCUCUCGCAUUCAUCCGUCAGCAUUGUGUACUAUUCAUUUUAUCUAAGAUUGGAAAAUCCCGUCCGUGAUAGAAAAUACCGUAGAGCCCUUUGCGAGACCGGCAGCGUCUGCGGCUUUGCUCUACACGCGUCGACCGUCAGCCUUGGCUCGUAGUCAUCUAGAGUGAAAAGCAAAACAAACGCUGGGAAAGGAAAAGUGCACGCUCGCGAGUUGAAUUCUAAUGCGCGCGCAAUGAAAAUUCUCGAUCACAGAUCGGACUUUCGAUCGCGAUUGUGUGUCCGGCGCGAAAAGUGAAAUCGUCGCGAGAAGAGAAACGCACGUGGGAGGGCCGAGAUACGUCAAAAUUGAGACUAGCUGUACAAGUAGUGCUUGCUUUGCUUAUACGCUUGUUCUUUUUUUUGUUGCAUUUAAGUUAACGACGCUAAAAUAUUUAGAGCGAUCGCGGUUUUAUACUGUUGCCACAUCAAAAAAUUGCUGAAAAUUGCAGGUGCCUCGGGAAUUUUUGUUAAAUUUUCGGUAAAUAAAGACAAGUACACACAGCCGACGCGAUAAUAAUAGCCGGCACUUUGCAGAUUUCACAGAGCUCGACUCGCUUAGAAAAAAAACUCAACACCGAGCUAAAAAUUCCUCUCUCGGAAUUCGAACGCUUUCAUAAAACACCCGAGUUAAAAGCAUCGCGAAACAUCAAACGGACAUUGCCGAUCGAUCGAUCGAUCGAUCUUUCGCCCUUUCUCUCAUAGUCGAUCGCUCGCUCGGUAUACAUAUCUUUUCUUCCUCGAAAGCCAGGUUUGGUCGUGCGCGAGUGCGCGGGUGAAAGCCCCCCUCUGACGCAAUGCUCUCGCACUGCACGCAUGUACGGGAGCACACGCGAGAGAUCAAUUACCAUGACGAUAUUCCCGCCGAUCGAGUUCGAUCUCCGCGGGACCGUUACUUCAUCAUAUAAGACCGUUUUUGUCCGCGUCCACGGCUAAUUCGCGGAAUUUUCGCGGUGUUGCGCAAAUCCCUAGCGAUUUUCGAUCGAACAACGGAACCGCGUGACCGCGGGGAAAGCUGCUGGUUAUUGUAAUUCUAAUGGAGAUCGUUAGGUGAGGGGAAUUCGUUUGAUCGAAGUAAACAUUGACGUUGAUCGCGAGCAAAAAGGAAAUUCUACCGAGCGACUUUUCAAAACCGAGACCAAAAGGACAGGACUAUAGGAGAAAAAAAAAUCAUCGUCCGCGCGCGCUACUUUAGAAAGUCCGCGUUCGAGUUACCGGAAAACUAUGCGCGAGUGAAAUCUCACGUUGGCUCUUGUUUCACCGAAAAAAGAGGAAACCGAGUGCAGAGGAACCGAAGAAAUCAGGCCUCUACUUACACGCAUCUCUCCGCCGAGAUAACCAUCGAUUUCGCGUAUCUGUGCAAAGGUCAGUCGUGCUCCAGAAAAGUUGAGGGAAUCCCUCCGCUUCACUCUUCUCUCUCUCUCUCUCUCUCUCUCUCUCUCUCUCUCUCUCUCACUCUUACUCUCGCGCAUAUCCACUGUGCGGGAAUCGACCAUAGCAGAGAGAUCCGAUCGCGGCGCUCUUACACGUCUAUACAGUUACGCAAGCGGUCGCUCGAGCGCGCACUCAUGCAGGCCAAAAUGAUUUUACACGGAGCUCACGUGUGUAUGUGCGUGUGUGUGUACCUCUGGGCUGUGCUCGAGAGCGAGUCUGCGCCGUCGGUUUAUCUGUAUCUACGUUAUACGCUCGCGAGGGAGAGAGAUUUAAUACUUUUGCAGCGGUCGAUAUAAUUUUAUUCGCGGUUAUAUAAACAAACGUGUAUACGGUGGGGAAGAAUUAUUUGUACUGUUAGCCGCGCGGUUAAAAGAGAACAAUUGCCCGGCUUGCGUAUGGAAAAAGAGGAGAAAUGCGGAGGAACUUUCGUUUUUGAUCGGACGCAAAAAUCUUCAUGUAUUUGGGUACGUACGUGUUCGUGGCGAAAUUUACGAGUAGCGACUGAUGGAAAAAUUAGAAUGUAUAGCUAUAUACACAAACCGGUUGCAGAAUAUACAUUGGAUUCUUUAUUUCUUCAUUUUCCGAUAUCGUUCAGAGAUCGAGCGCGCUCGAAAAUUUCGUCACCCGCACUAUGCAGUCGUAUGUGUAUCGAUCUCAAAAAUCGAAAAGUACCUCUUGCUCCAUCCAAAACGACACGUCCCAUUCUUCCCUCGGAAAAAUCACACGAUCAACGUGUCAAAAGUCAGAGCAGCGCGGCUAUUUCGCAAACGGGAACAUUUGCAUGGGACUUUCAAAAUUAUCAUACACUUCUCCGCGCUUCCGAUCGUCCUACAACAGCGGCAGCACAAUACGCGCCGUUCACCGUGUAACGCGUCCUGUUCGAGCGAGAGUUUUGCGGUCGCGCGCGUGCACUUUACUUUCAUUGGCGCGUAUAUUAUGCCGAGCGAAACGCUGUACGUAUGGCAUUCUACUUGUGCGUUCGCGUGAGCGAAGCGAGUUUCGCUUUCCGCGUGUGCGAGGCGCAAAGCCGCAGAGCCCCGGGAUUUUCUUUCCAGAAGGAGGAAGAGAAAAAAUUGAUAGAGUGGAGAUUAUUCGGAGGAAAUCGCGGUGACGAUGGAUCAGCCGUUGAUUGACUGCUGGAUUUUGUAUGUGCUUUCUUUAAAUUGUUCGAGAAAUAUUCGAAUUUAUAAAUAGCGAAGCGUAAAGUUGAAGAAUCCUCGUCAGCGCGAAUUUCGACGAUUUUUGGUGAGAAAUGUACUUUUUCCCCCAAGACGAAUGUAUAAGCGCGACGUUGCCACAAGGCGCGUCGACGUGAUUCCCUCUUUAUCAUAAUUGUAUACUUUAUUUAUACACGCGUACAUUACUUUUAUGUAAAUCGUACUGGCGAUUUCAUCCGAGAUCGGACUUGCUUCAUGGCUGUAUAUUCGUUUCUAUUUUAAUACCAAUUUUUAUGGUCUGACGAAAUUAUAUCAAAAUUACGAGUUUUAAUGUUUUAUAUAGUACGUAGUUGGUGUGAGAUUUCAUCGGGAAUCGCCGGUACGCAUAAGUCAAUGCCUUGUAUUGCGACACUGAUGGAUCAAAUAUGAUGAUGAUUUUUUUUUUGUAAGAGCGUACAUACAGAGGAUGGAAUAAUUAAGUUUUAUUUUUAUAUUAUAUUUUUUGCCCGUCAAGUGCUCGACAUCCAUCGAACGCCACGUCGUAUGCACCGCAUACGGCUGUAAUCGACUUUGGGCGGUCCAUUCUGUACAUACAAAUAUAUCUUAUUAUUAUUAUUAUUACUAUACGAAAUAUGGCCUAAGUUUAAAAUUGUACUUUUAACUAGCGAGAAAGAGAGAUAAUUUUUUGAAAUUAUAUCGAGAUUACCAACCAUCACUCUUCAUCACACACACACACACACUCAAUUAUAACUAUGAUUAAUUAUUAUUAUGGAUAAUCGAGAUUACUUCGUUAUAGUUAUUAUUUUUAUACUGUUUGGAAGUUUACGAUCGUGAAAUAAAAAAAAAUGAGAAAUAAUGAAACACGUUA